UCAAGUACCAUUCAGGUACCAGUUUCACCACGCUUCAUUGACAACGGAAUAGCAUCACAUACCUGUCCGAACCUAAUCAAGAAGAGGAAGACCAGUGAAGCUACUUCUACAUUAAAACAAAAGAAUGGGUCUGAUAAGAAAAUUGAAGUCGUCAUGGUUACCAUCUUCUAUACUCCUUGGCAUGUUUUUGUGUUGGUACAUGUUACAUCUGAUACAGAACACUCCAGGUCGGGAUCCGGAUCCACAUAGUGAUGAGCCUAAAAAUUUUCCAGUUAUUUUCGAUUCUUCACCACAGUUAAGAAUUAUUGUCCUAACUUACAAUAGGUCAAAAUCCUUAAAACGCUUAUUUGAUUCGUUGCUACUGACAGAUUACCAAGGUGAAAGAGUAGUUUUAGAUAUCUGGGUUGAUCGCUCUAUAAAUGGUGAGGUUCACAAUGAAACAGUUCAGUUUGCAAAAGAUUUUCAGUUUGUACAUGGAGAGAAAAAUGUGUAUGUUCGUGGCCAACAUGCAGGGAUAAUAAACCAGUGGUUGAGAACUUGGAAAUUAUCGGAUAAUCCGAGGGAAAUAUGUGUCAUUCUUGAAGAUGAUUUGACAGUAUCUCCAGUUUUUUAUCAAUGGUUAAAAUCAGUACACUCGACUUACAAAGAUGAUAAUAAAAUCAGCGGAUUUACACUUCAAGGAGUAGGCUCCAUUUAUUCUGGACCCAGUGCACUUGAAAAUGUUAAUGUGUCGAAAAAGCAUUUAACCUAUUUGUACUCAAUGCCAGGCAGUUGGGGAUUUUCACCAAAACUGAACCAGUGGAAAGAAUUUAUAACUUGGUGGGAAAAGAUGUCACUAGAUAAAAGUUUUCAUCCCCUGGUACCCAAUAAUCUAGCGACUGUAUGGUAUUCAGAAAACAGAAGACAGGGAAAUGCUCAAAAUAUGUGGACCAUGUGGUUUAUUUAUUUUAACUGGAAAUUUCAUAAGUAUGUUUUGUAUCCAAAUAUAAUGCCAAAAUACAAAGGUUUCAGUUACAACUGGCAGGAACCAGGGCUAAACCAUUUUGGACAUGCAGGAUUACCAUCCACUGGGCCUCUUGUUGUAAAAUGGUUGCCAGAGUUUGACAGUCUGUCUCCUUUACCUCCUAUUGUAUUUACAAAUGGCACAGUUUUAAAUGAAUUGAAUAGAAAAAUCACUGUAUAAUGUUUAAGACUGGUGAUCAUGAAGAUUAGCUAUAUAAUGUUAAAGGUUGGUGAAAAAUAACUGUAAUAGGAUAAUGUUCAAGAAUGAUAAGAAACACAAAAAACAUGUUUUUUUCAGUUUGUAUCAAUACUAUCAAUAUUUGUAAGAAUUUAUGUGAAUCACAUUUGAGGGGUACAUACUGCAGUCUUCGUGAUUAUAACCACAAACCCUACGACCCAGGCGGCCAGUCCUGAGUAAAAUUGUUGUUGACCCAGUAUAAUUUUCGUGUAAAGAGGCCUCAUAAGCCAGGAGUAAAAUGUUGUCAAAUUUUUUCGGAAAAUGAGGCCUUAUUUGAUGUACACAAAAAUGAAAGUAAGAUGAAUUUAUAUUUUUGUUUUUUUUGUAAAAUUGAUUUUUGUAACUUGUAAGUCAAAAAAAUUUUGGUAAAGACUACUGUAGUGUACUUUGCUCUCCUUGAGUGUGGUAGGUCAUGGGUUUGAUCCCUGCUGAAGUCAAUACCCAAAUACAAGAAAAUUGGUAUUUGCUGCGUCUCCAGGCAAUUAAUAUUUAGCACAUGAUACCUCAGGCUUGUAAAUCAUAAACGUUUGGUAAAGACUACUGCAGUGUAGUGUAUUUAGCUCUACUUGAGUGUAGAAGGUCAUGGGUUUGAUCCCUGCCCAGGUCAAAACCAAAAUACAUGAAAAUUGGUAUAUGCUGCUUCUCUGGGCCCAAAGCAUGUGGUAUUCAGGAAAAAGAGUAAAGACUGAUCUGCUCAGAGCUAAGAUAAAGGAGGUUGAUAUGCCUUUCUACUGUUACCUUGUGAACUACAGUGCAGCUCGGGGGGAUUUUGCUUUGUCCACCCGCCCACAGUGAGAGUGGGCACCAGGUGGGCAAAAUUUCUAGCUUGUCAACUCUUUCCACCCAUAGGAGUGGGCAUGCGUUUUAUUUUGUUUAAUCAAAAGACUUGCAAGUACAAACAAUUGAAAAAAGCAGAUAAGCAUUUGUAAUUAAUAUUUUUACAAAAAGAAGAGAAUAUAGCUAGAAUGGGCACAGGUGGGCUGUCCACAGUGGGCAGGAGGAAAAAGCAAAAUCCACAAGGGCUGUUGUGUAGCAUGUAUAAAUACCUUCUCAGUACAUCAGUCUAUUACAAUGCAGGGUUCUUAACAUGUUCUGGUCCUGAUGUACAUGUGACAUGUGUAAUAUUUGUCACUGCCUGGACAUCAAACAACAUCUAGCCAAUGGACAAAUCAAUUAAAUGACCUAUGACAUUAAUCAGGCCGUUAUUUUUCUCGUUUGAAUUGUUUGACAUUUGUCAUUUCGGGGCCUGUUAUAGCUGACUAUGCAGUAUGGGUUUUACUCAUUGUUGAAGGCCGUACGGUGACCUAUAGUUGCUUACCUUCUAAGUCAUUUGGUCUCUGGUAGAGAGUUGUUUCAUUGGCAAUCAUACCACAUCUUCUUAUUUUUACAUGGCUCAACUCCUGAUAUAAUAAUUAGGCCAAGUAAAUUUAAUUAGUAGAUUUUCAUCCAAAUUUUUGAAAAAAAUGGGGUGGGUGGGAGGAUUUUAUUUUUUAUUUUUUAUUAGAUAUGAAACGCUCUUGUGACGUGUUCUUCAUAUAUGCAAGUGUAAUAAUAAGGUUCUAUCAUGUAUAUACAUGUAUAACGAAUCAAACAUACAAAGAAAUGCAAAAACCAAAAUUUGAAACAGGAUGUUAUUAAUGAAACGAAAUUAUCGACAGUUACCGGUAACAAAAAUGAACAAAAUCCGGAAAUCGUAAAUUUUUCAAAAUAAAAAAAAUUGGGGCGGAACGAUUUCAGAGGGGCGGGCGGGGAUGAAAAUCUAUCAAUCAAUUUUAAUUGGCCUUAUAAGGAACUACUUAAAUUUAUAGAAAACAGUAUUCAAAUUUUUUAUAUAAAUUUAUUUGCAUUCAUUUUGUAUUUAUAUAUAUAUACCUUAUACUGAUCUUUGUGAAACUCAAUGUAUACAUGUAUUUAAGUUUUGAAAAAAGAUAACUUAUUUAUCUUUAUACAUACAUAAUUGACUAUUGAAUUGCUGGAUUGAUAGUAUUUUGGGGUUGUUAAAACUUUUUCCAAUACUGUGGAUUCAUCAUUUUUCGUUGGAUACCAAUUUUCGUGGAUUCAAUGGGUACAGGUAAACCACAAAUUAAAAUGUUCAACAAUUACAAUUUUUCCAUUGGCUUGUAUGCAAAUUUUGGCAAAACCAUGAAUUAAAUAUCCAUGAAAGUGUAACUUUUCCUCAAUCCACAAAAAUUGGUACCCACGAAAAUAAAUGAAUCCUCAGUAGUUAAAAAUUCCUUUUUUUAAUUUAAAAGUAUCUUUUUUCCCUUAUGAAAAAUAUUGGGCAGAAUUUAAGGACAAAAGGGAGCAUUAUUAUUAAGAGAAGAGUAACUGCCCCACUAUUUUUUGCUAUCUCUAACAGUGUAAGAAGGGACACUUUAAUUUGGUGUAAAUGUCAAUCAAAUGCUAAUGUCAUAUAUGUGAACUUAUUUACCAUUUAAUCAUACCAGUGCAUAUCAACAGUUCAUAUUGAUCAAUGACAAACUCACUUUUUGACGGGAAAAUGUAUCAAAGUUUUGAAGUCUUAAUUCUACCAUGAUUGAAAGGCUAAUGACAAACUUAUGAUAAUUUAUGUAUUGUAAAUCCAGAAAUUUUUUGUGUGCAUUUAUUUUUGUUAUUGUCUAAUAAUGAUCACAAAUUUAAUUAUUACGAUCUCAGCAAAUGCUGCAUACAAAUAAUCCUAUCAAAUUUAGUUGGAGCUUUUAUUUGCAAAGCCACAAUUUUUGCAAUAAUAAAUACAUCACAAAAAUUUGUGAAUUUACAGUAUUUUGUUUCUUUUACAGUAUUGAGGUUUUAUGGUUAAAAAAAAUUAUUAAAGAUUACAUUUGGCAAGCUUCAUUUCUAAUUAGAAUAAAUACACCACACAAAAAAAUAUCAUUGAAUGUUCCACUAUUUGAUAAAGUCCAGUCACAAUAUUGAUGUUUUUUUUUUCCACAAUAAGAAGAUUGAACAAGACUUUACCCUCCAUAAUUGAUUGACAAAUUUUCAAGUGACCUCAAUUGUAUUAUGUUAUAAAACAUAAUACAUUAUUUGUCAGUUAAAGGGAGUUGACAUAGGUAAAGGGACACAACUCUUAGGAAUCAAUUGUAUGUUUUUAUGUCAACAUUGUCAUUAGAAUUACAAAUUUUUAAAAUUUUGUUCACAUGCUUAAAAAUAAUUCAUUAAAUUGCCUAUUACAAAUGCAUUACUGAUUUGAAGGGAAAGUGUGCCCCCUUUUCCCCAGAGAUAUUCUUAUAAUAAAAGUACAAAUCAACAAAACUGUUCAAUCUUACUUUUAGGACAAUAGAUGCAGAAUAAACUCUGAAUUUUAAGAUGAUAUUUGUUCAUUUUUAAUGGAAUAUUCUUAAUGUACUUUCAUAGCUACUUCAGAGUAUACACUAUAAGUUAUUUCCUAUACACUUUUAAAGGUAUUUUUAAAAAUGGUGUAUAUUGAAUUUAUAACAAAAAACAAAAUAAUAAAAAAUAAAGAGAAAGGUCGAGUUUUGAGGUCAAUAUACAUUUUUUGCAAGAGUAAUUUAUCAAUAUGUGUUAUGUAUUAACAGUGUUAGAGGAUACCAUGCUUACUUUUGUCACACAAUCAAUUGUUUUACUCAUGUUCUCAUGUAUAUAUUGACAAUCUGUUUUUGUUUUGAUUUAUUAUAUCAUGUAUAUUUGCAACAAUUUAUAUUAUUUAAAAAAAAAUGUAGAUACAAAUAUGAAUUUCAAAUCCUGAUAGAAUUACAUAUAAACAUGAUAAACAGCAUUAGUUAUUUUUUUAAUUUUGAAAAUUGACAAUCUAAAUGUGUGACAUAGCAGAAUGAGAGCAAUUAAAGGAUUAAUUUUUUUGUAUUGGAAAACUGCUCAACUUCUGUGAAUUAAGAGUAUUAUUCUAUUCUUUCUGUUUGUUUGUUGUUUAUAUAAAUAUUUUUGGUUGUGUAUAUUUUUUAUUGGCUAUUUGGAUUUUUGAAUUCAGUUACAUCUAUAUAAAUGUGAACAGCAGUAUAGGAAAAGGUACUGAGAACAAAGCACUAAUCAUUUUCUAUAGAUAUAUAACAUAGUACCUUUUGUUAGCUAUUAUUCGUAUGUUUCUCUGUCCUAUAUGUUCUCCCAUUUAUUUGUAUUGUAGUCCUGUCAUGUAAUGUUGUCAUUUUAAUGUUAUAUUUAACAUUAAUUGCCAUAAAAGCGGGAGGUUUGGCUAGCCACAAAACCAGGUUCAACCCACCAUUUUUUUCUUAAAAUGUCCUGUACCAAGUCAGGAAAAUGGCCAUUGUUAUAUUAUAGUUCGUUUCUGUGUGUGUUACAUUUUAAUGUUGUGUUUCUGUUGUGUCCUAGUUGUCCUCUUAUAUUUGAUGUGUUUCCCUCAGUUUAAGUUUGUAACCCCGGAUUUGUUUUUUUUUCUCAAUCGAUUUAUGAAUUUCGAACAGCGGUAUACUACUGUUGCCUUUAUUUAUAACAAAGACAUUUUUGACUUAUAUUUUUUGGAAAAUUUGUUGAUUCUCAAAACAAAUAAUGCUUGAAAUUAAAGAUAUGUCCCCAUGAGUAGAUGAUUUCCUGAAAUAAUUUAAUAUAACUUUUUACAAUGUUAAAAAAAUACCAAUGAACAUUCGCUAUCUUUUUACCCAGGUGAAAUCCUAAAAUAAGAAGAGAAAACACAACAAAACUGUUUUAUUUUACCCUUUUAGGACAACAGAUACAUAAAAUAAAAAAAGUCAAGUUUUGAGGUCAAUAAGAUUAAUUUAUCAAUAUAUAUAUCAUGUAUUAAAACAUACACUGUUUACUAUUGUCGCACAAUUGUUUAACUGAUGUUUUAAUGUACAUUUACAUUCCAAAUUUUUGUAUUGAUAUACAUGUAUUUGCAACAAUUAUUUAAAAAAAAUGUUAAUUAGAAUUUGCAUUUUAAAUUCUGAUUAAAUUUGAUGUGUAUAGCAUUAGUGAAAUUUGAUCAACAAUCAUUUGUGAAUUUAUAGCGUAUUUUAUUUUUUUUCUCUGUGUGCUGUUUUUAAUAAUGUGUAAUUUUUUUGAUUGACUAUAUGCAUUUUUUUCUCAGCUACAUCCAUUUUAUUGUGAUCAGUAGUAUAAGAAAAAGUACUUAGAAGAAAGCAUUAACUAUAUAAUUAUUUAUGAAUAUUCUGUAAAUAGGUAACAAAUUAAUUUCUUGACACAUCUUUUAGAAAAUUAAAUUUGUUGAUUCUCCAAAAAAAAAAAUGCUUGGAAUUAAAGAUGUUAUGAAACCUUGAGUAGAUGAGAAUCCUGCAAUAAUUUAUUUGACUUUUUUACAAUGAGUUUAAAAAUACCAGUGAAAGGUCCAUUAUCUGAUUAAAGCAUAUCUAUAUUGUAUUUUUGACCACUACCUAACUAGGUAAGAUAAGAUUGAGUUUAAAUUGGUUGUAAUUACACUAGAGCUCAUUGGGAUUUUAUACUUUCACCACCUGGCUGCCAUGGACAGACAACUCUUGCUCACUCAAAUCUAAUCUCAGAUUUUGUAAAAAUAUUGGAAAAAAAUAACUUUCCAUUAUUAAGUAUUUAAUUCUUAUGAAGAAAAAAAAAAAGAAAUUGCAUGUCUUAUCCAAAAGUUUGCCACAGGGGACCAUAUAGAAUAUUUGCCCAUUUUGAGCCCACUUAACCAUGGACAGCUGAUGGAAAGAACAAAAUCUUAGUGAGCUGUAUGAUCUGCUUACCCUUUGGGAACACCUGAGAUCACCCCCUGGUUUUUGGUGGAUUUGUGUUGCUCAGUGUUUAGUUUUUUAUGUUUUGUAGACUGUUGUUUCUCUUUUGGUUGUUUUUUCGUUUUUUGUCAUGGUGUUGUCAGGUUGUCUUUGAUAUAUGAGUUUAAAAUCCCUUUGGCAUCUUCUGCCUCUCUUGUAGCAUAUGGUACUUAUGAAAUCCAACAUUUGUCAAAUCAUGAACUUUCAAUGGUAAUUUUAAACAUCUAAUAUGUCAGAUUUCUGUUGUUUCACAUUUUUCUCAGACAUUUACAUUUUUCCUCUCUAUACAUGCAUUAUUUUUAUUUAUUAUUGAAAUUUUAUGAAUUUAUAUGUUUUUGUUACAUUUAUUCUAAAAUGCAUAAUAAAUUUAUACAUUUUCCAA